AAACAAAAAGCUAUCCAUGUGUGGUCAAACGUUAUAGAUGAGCAUCUUCACGCAAGCACUGAAUCGACAACGGAAUUUACCAAAUUCACUAUGAAAGUGGAAAAUCAUGAUAAAGCUGAUACAACUGGAUACCAUACGCCAGAGCGACAUACUACACCAGAAGAUGACAAAGAAGGAGAAAAUGGUGAAGAAGAAGAGGAUGACGAAUAUAAUGCGGACCAAACGAUCAUUGGUGGAAAAAGCACCAAUUGGAUUGUAAAUGGGGUUCGUAUCAGAGAAAGUCUGACACAAUAUCAACUUGACAAAAAUUCGCCAAAAACGAAGUCAGAGUAUUAUGACGUUAUUUUCUUAAAUUCAAAUGACAAGGACGGUUUCUUAAGUACAUUAGAUGAAAGUAUCGUUGAACAGAUGUGUAGUGACAUAAGGAUGAAAGAAGAAAAAACGAAAGAUAAUAUCAAGCAAGAUAUUAAGAUAUUUCUAGAUAACAUUAUUGAUCUCUUUGCGUUAAAAUUCGUGAGUCACAUGAUAAAACUAAUGGAUAAUGUGAAUUGGCUUAUCGAACUGAUGUCCGAGGGAACGUAUAUAGUUAACGUUUUAGCACCCAUCCUCUCCGAAUUCUUUACUAAAAAUAAACAAUAUUGGUGUGCCUCAUACGGAGAAACUUGUCUUAGGGCAAGUGCAAUGGAUCGCAAUUCCAACAAGGCAGAUAAUGAACGCCGAUCUAAUGGAAAUAAAAUUGAUACUAUUAUUUCCUUAAGAGAAGAGGAUAAAGAUUUCUCGGUUACUGAAACUUUAAUGAACCAGUUUGCAGAAUUUAACCCAAGUUCGGAUAUUACAUUGAUCAAACUAUAUGGGCUACAGUCAUAUUUAAAUGAGCUGACUAUUUAUGAGUUUCAACUAAAAUAUACAGAAAUCUAUACCAUGGAAAUAAUAUUAACAUUUCCGUUACCUAAGACAUGGGCGGACAUGGCAAAGGCUCAUAAAACAGUAAUGGGAUUGUUGGAUAAAGGUGGAUCUAAGAAGAUGACUACGAGAAUGAUUAAUUCUCCUACUGAAAGUGUCGAGAAAACUAAGAGCACUGCGACUAUAAAGAAAACUAAGAGCACUAUGACUGCAAAAAAACUAAGAAAACAAGGAUUUAGCAUUGAACAGUCAUUAUACUCAAAUUAUUUUGCAUAUUCUAUAUGA